GCAGUAUUUUAAAUAAAUGAAAAAUAUACAACAAUUUAAACCCGCAUUAUAGUUGCAUUUUUACCCGACAGAGUUUGGAAUAUUGUUUCCAAGAUUUCUCUUCUUGACGUCAGAAACUGUCUCGAUGUCUCGUGACUAUGGUUAGGUAUUGAUCAUCUGAUAGAUUAAACGGAUUGUGUGUUUUUUCUUCCUAAGAGAGAGAAAAACAAACUGAUGAUCACUGCUUCGGUCUAUUUAACUUGAUCCCUGGUAUUAAUUCCAAAAAAGAUUUAAUCAUCCAUCAAGAUGGGAUCAUUAUUCAGAAGUGAGGAAAUGACAUUAUGUCAGCUCUUUUUACAAAGUGAAGCUGCAUACGCUUGUGUAUCGGAACUGGGUGAAUUGGGACUUGUACAAUUUCGAGAUCUCAAUCCAGAUGUUAAUGCAUUCCAACGUAAAUUUGUCAACGAAGUACGUCGCUGCGAUGAAAUGGAACGUAAACUUCGUUAUUUAGAAAAGGAAAUAAAAAAAGAUGGCAUUCCAAUGCUUGAUACAGGUGACAAUCCAGAAGCACCUCAACCACGUGAAAUGAUUGAUUUAGAGGCGACAUUUGAAAAACUCGAAAAUGAAUUACGUGAAGUUAAUCAGAAUGCAGAGGCACUUAAACGUAAUUUUCUCGAAUUAACUGAAUUAAAGCAUAUAUUACGUAAAACACAAGUCUUCUUUGAUGAACAAGAACACGCUGGUUUAAAUUCCACUGAAUCAAUGACACGUGCUUUAAUAAGCGAUGAUAAUAUUGCACGUCAAUCAACACUUGGUCCUGUUCAAUUGGGUUUUGUCGCCGGUGUUAUUCUUCGCGAACGUAUUCCAGCAUUUGAAAGAAUGUUAUGGCGUGCAUGUCGAGGAAAUGUAUUUCUUCGUCAGGCAGAAAUUGAAACACCACUUGAGGAUCCAACAACUGGCGAUAAAGUUUACAAAUCGGUUUUUAUUAUUUUCUUUCAAGGCGAUCAGCUGAAGACACGUGUGAAAAAAAUUUGCGAAGGUUUUCGUGCAACACUCUAUCCAUGUCCUGAAGCGCCUACAGAUCGACGGGAAAUGGCAAUGGGUGUAAUGACAAGAAUUGAGGAUUUAAAUACCGUUUUGGGUCAAACGCAAGAUCAUCGUCAUCGUGUUCUCGUUGCAGCUGCGAAAAAUCUUAAAAAUUGGUUCAUCAAAGUUCGUAAGAUCAAGGCAAUUUAUCAUACAUUGAAUCUCUUUAAUUUGGAUGUUACACAAAAAUGUUUAAUUGCCGAAUGUUGGGUGCCAUUGCUCGAUAUUGAGAGUAUUCAACUUGCAUUACGUCGUGGUACUGAACGUAGCGGUAGUUCAGUGCCACCGAUAUUAAAUCGAAUGGAUACAUUUGAAGAUCCACCAACUUAUAAUCGUACAAAUAAAUUUACAAGCGGAUUUCAAGCAUUAAUCGAUGCAUAUGGAGUUGCUUCUUAUAGAGAAAUGAAUCCUGCACCCUAUACAAUAAUAACAUUUCCAUUUUUAUUCGCUAUUAUGUUUGGUGACACGGGCCAUGGUCUUAUAAUGUUUUUAUUUGGAGCAUGGAUGGUUUUAAAGGAGAAGCCAUUGGCGGCAAAAAAAUCUGAUAAUGAAAUUUGGAAUAUAUUCUUUGCUGGACGUUAUAUUAUAUUUUUAAUGGGUUUAUUUUCCAUGUACACGGGAUUAAUAUAUAAUGAUAUAUUUUCCAAAUCAUUGAAUAUAUUUGGAUCAUAUUGGCGUGUUAAUUAUGAUUUAAAAGAACUUCAAAAAAAUCCAUUAUUACAAUUAGAUCCAAAUUCAACGGAUUAUUAUCGAUAUCCCUAUCCAUUGGGAAUGGAUCCAAUAUGGCAAUUGGCGGAUAAUAAAAUUAUAUUUUUGAAUUCGUAUAAAAUGAAAAUUUCAAUUAUAUUUGGUGUAAUUCAUAUGUUCUUUGGAAUUAUGGUUGGUUUUUGGAAUCAUAUGUAUUUCAAAAGGAAAAUUAAUGUCAUUUGUGAAUUUAUACCGCAAAUUAUUUUCUUAUUAUUUUUGUUUUUCUAUAUGGUUUUGUUGAUGUUUAUUAAAUGGAUCAAAUAUUCACCGUAUGGUGAUGAACAGGAGGGACCGUAUUGUGCACCAUCGGUUCUGAUUACUUUCAUCAAUAUGGUUCUUUUUAAGACAAAUCCAGUUCGAAGUCCAUGUGAUGAUGGUUAUAUGUAUUCUGGACAACAGGGCUUUCAAAAAUUCUUGGUAGUCAUUGCUCUUCUUUGCAUUCCAUGGAUGUUGUUUGCAAAACCAUUUAUGAUGAUUCAGGAGAGAAAGAAACAUCAUUAUCAACUUAAUAAUCAUGGAACGGAAAAUGGUGAUGUUGAAGGUGCAAUGGGAAAUCAACAACAAAAUGUACAAAUGCAAAAUGUUCAUAAAAAUGAAGAAGAAGAUAUGACAGAGGUUUUUAUUCAUCAGGGUAUUCAUACCAUUGAAUAUGUACUUGGUAGUGUUUCUCACACUGCAUCGUAUCUUCGAUUGUGGGCAUUGUCAUUGGCUCAUGCACAACUUUCCGAAGUAUUAUGGAAUAUGGUGAUGAAGAAUGGAUUAAUUAAGGAAGGUUGGAUUGGAGGAUUUUUCUUAUGGGCAAUUUUUGCCUUUUGGGCAGUUUUAACUGUUGGUAUUUUAGUUUUAAUGGAAGGUUUAUCUGCCUUUCUUCAUACACUCAGGCUUCAUUGGGUGGAAUUUCAGAGUAAAUUUUACUCUGGCACAGGUUACAGCUUCCAACCUUUUUCAUUUGAAUUAAUUCUUGACUCUGCUCAAGCAACAGGGGAAGAAUAAAUGAAUUUUUUUUUUUUAUUUAAAUAAAAAUUAAUAUUGUAUAAAUACUUAAUAGUAUGUGAUUUAUUUACCGAAAAUGAACAUAUUAAGCAUUUUAAUUUUAAUUCAUGUUAUAUUGUAUACUAGAUAUGUUCUCCGAAAAUUGAAAAUAAAAACCAUUCUGAUAUACUGAAGAA